AACACUCUCCCAUCCCAAUUCCCAAGUCAAUCCAAUUCUUAUUCUCUUCAAAAUUAUACGCUAUUUAUUAUUUUGAUUUAAUUUUCUAAUCCUCUAUUUCCACUUUUAUCGUAGACUCAAAAAUCUGGAUUUUGUUUAAAAAAAAAAAAUUUAAUCCAAGGAGACCCCAGAUAUGUCAGCGCUUUUUAAUUUCCAUUCGUUUUUGACGGUGGUGCUGCUAGUGAUUUGCACGUGCACUUUUCUGAAGAUGCAGUUCCCAACCUUUCUUGAACAGAAAACCGGGUUUCGGGGAUUCUUUUGGAAGGCAGCUAGAAUUGGUGAACGUUUGAGCCCUUGGGUAGCUGCAGGAUGCUUCACUAUGGGUGUUUCAAUCAUAUUUUUCUGAAUAGGGAAAUCUCUUGUACAUGUGGGAAUAAUCCCAUUUUUUGGUUCAUACGGUCGACCUUUUGAUCCAUUCGGUGCUAUUGAUCGCUUUUAUAUGAUAAGACAUUCUGGUUUCAAUGAUUUUGACAUGUCAGCUGUAAUAGAUAAGUAUAUGGCGACUUUUUGCUUUAUCUUGAGCAGUCAUCUUUGAAUGGGAUAUUUUUAUCGGAUAUUUUUAUCA